AUGGACGAGUACCAUUUCCCGGAUGCCCGCCUCAAGAAGAAGAUGGACGACCCGUCCAAAACACCACUACUCCUUGUUGCUUGUGGCUCCUUCUCCCCUAUAACUUUCUUGCACUUGCGUAUGUUUGUAAUGGCUGCCGAUUAUGUCAAGCAUAACACAGAGUUUGAAAUGGUAGGCGGGUACCUCUCACCUGUCUCGGAUGCCUAUAAGAAGCAAGGACUUGCUCUUGCAGAGCAUCGGGUGGCCAUGUGCCAACUAGCCAUUGACAAAGCCUCCAACUGGCUUAUGGUCGACACCUGGGAAGCCGAGAAGAAGGAGUACCAGCCAACAGCAAAAGUUCUAGAUCAUUUCGACCACGAGAUCAACGUUGCGAGGAAGGGGAUCGAUACUGGAGAUGGAAAACGAAAACCCGUUACGAUCGCUCUUCUUGCCGGUGCUGACUUGAUUCAAACCAUGUCAACCCCUGGCGUGUGGAGUGAAAAGGACCUUGAUCAUAUACUCGGCCGCUACGGCACUUUCAUCAUUGAGAGAUCAGGCACUGACAUCGACGAGGCUCUUGCCAGCCUUCAAACAUAUCGUGACAAUAUUCACGUUAUCCAGCAGCUUAUCCAAAAUGACGUAAGCAGCACAAAGAUCAGGCUUUUCCUUCGUAGAGGAAUGAGCGUGCAGUAUCUCAUCCCUGCACCAGUCGUUGAAUAUAUUGAGCAGAAUCAUUUAUACGGCGACGAUGGCCGUGCAUCAAGCACGACCUCCAUCACUCAAGACAGCGACAAGGGAAAGUCCAAAGCAAAUUCGUCCAGCAGCUAA